ACAAUGUGCACUGAAUUUCCGAAUUCUAUUUAGCAGCAGAGUGGAAUUUGAAGAACAAACCAAUUAAACUGAAAACUAGUCGUAACACAACUUUUACAUCGAGCAACCGCAAAUUCGGAAGGUUGUAAAAAGCACAAAUAAUUAUCGCUAUGUUUGAGGUUUUCAAUAGGCCGCCUGCAGAUCCCGUCCAGCUUCCACUGGCUGUUGGCCCAUGGCCAGUGAUUUUAAUAGUGACUGGCUAUCUGCUUUUUGUGCUUAAGCUGGGGCGCCUUUUCAUGGCCAACCGAGCACCCUACGAUCUUCGAGUCGUACUCAAGGUCUACAAUUUGUUGCAAAUCGUGUACAAUAGCACUCUGUUUAUGCUGGCUAUAUACGUAAUCUUUGUGGUAAGACCCUUUGACCUGAAUUGUAUAACAGUGCUGGCACAGGACAAUCCCUUCAAGAGGGUGGAGCGCGUCCUGUCCUAUGCGUACUAUAUCAACAAGUACUUCGAUUUACUGGACACCAUUUUCAUAGUGUUGCGAAAGAGCUAUAAACAGAUCUCGUGUCUGCAUCUGCUGCAUCAUCUGUACAUGCCCAUCACGGGUUACUUUGUGAUUCGGUUCAACGGCUAUGGUGGCCACCUCAUAGUCGCGGGUGUCCUCAACCUCUUCGUGCACGUUGUGAUGUAUAGCUACUACUACAUCUCAUCGCAGAUUCCGCCUGCAAAGCGGAGAUUCUGGUGGAAGGAGUACAUAACCAUAUUGCAGAUGCUUCAGUUCGUGAUUGUAUUUGCGCACACCAUUUGGACCCUAAUGCAGCCAAAAUGUGAGGUACCUAAGGCACUGACCCAAAUGUCACUUCUGGCGGCGACUGCCCUGUUUUUGAUGUUUGCCAACUUCUACACACACGCCUACAUACUGGCCAAGCCGAAGAAGAAGCAGAUCAAUGACUAGAGGGCUUAGUGCUGGGUUUGGGGCACAGCUAAAUUUAAUUUAAUUUUAACUCGUAGCUUUUAAACAAACGUAACUGAGUUCUUAGCUUAAUCGAAUGAUCAGGCCGCGGACUAUUUUAAAUACUUUAGCUUUGUCAAAACUAAUCAAUUAGUGACUCGGUAACGACAUUAAAAUUCUAUAUAUUGUUUUUGGAA